ACUUUAGAAGCACAAGAAGCCGAUAUAGAACAGCUGGAGCAGAAACUUGAUAAGGUUUUAAAAAUGUGUGGAUUGAUGAUUGAUGUAGGAAAGAGUUAUGUGCCACAAGAGAGUCAGUUCACUAACAGUCUCUGGGACCUGAGCAGUUACUUUCGAGAGGAUGCAGAUGUUGUGGUCUGCCUUAACAAAUUAAUCCAUGCACUUCAAGAAAUGAACAAGUUUCAUUCCAUUCUCCUGGAUCAAGCAUCGCGAACUAUUCUAAAGAAUCUCAUGUCAUUCAUUAAAGGGGAUAUGAAAGGUGUGCGUGAAUCUCGUCACUACUUUGAGAAGAUCUCGGUGGACCUGGAUGGUGCCUUGUCACGAAACUCGCAAGCGCCACGUAGUCGUCCCGGAGAGGCAGAGGAGGCACAGAAUCUGCUUUGUGCGACACGUUCAUGUUUUCGUCACACAGCUCUUGAUCAUGUGUACUGCCUCAGUGCUCUACAGGCAAAGAAGAAACCUGAAGUUUUAGGAACGCUGUUGUCAUUCAUGCAUGCUUGCAGCACCUUCUUUCAUCAGGGAUCAGAUUUAUGCCAAGAUUUGGAUCCAUUCUUCAAGAAAUUGGCAGAUGAUGUUGUAGAAAUGCGAUGACAGUGCGGCAAACUGGAGAAACAGAUGGAGAAUAGGCAUACUUACGUGACAAGUCGAGACUUUGUGCCACCUCCAGGACGCGAUGGAGCACCUUGUAUAGAGGGAUAUCUUUUCAAAAGAACAUCAAAUGCUUUCAAAACUUGGAAUAGACGUUGGUUUGCUUUGCAGGAUAACCAGUUGGUGUACAGGAAGCGUAGUGGUGAGGAUGCAAUGACUGUAAUGGAAGAAGAUCUGCGACUUUGUUCUGUGAAACCUGUUCUUGAAGGAGAUCGGCGCUUCUGCUUUGAGGUUCUGUCACCAACCAAGAGUCACAUGCUGCAAGCAGACUCUGAUGAGAUGUAUCAGUGUUGGAUAUCAGCAAUGCAGCAAGGCAUAGGAGCAGCAAUACAGCGAAGUAUUAGUGAAGAAGGUUCUGUGGUCUGUUCCAGAGUUGGUAAUACUGGUGGUAGUGGUGGAAUUGGUGGCGCAAAGGAUGGUGGUGCAUCUCGCUCGCCCAGUGGCAGUUCUGUUGGAGAUCCUGUAGAGAAGCCCUCACCAGAGCGACAGCACAAGAACAGAAUGUGGGAACAACUGCUGAAGAUCCCAGGCAAUGAUCACUGCUGUGACUGUGGCAUGAUGAAUCCACGAUGGGCCAGCAUAAACUUAGGAAUUACUCUUUGUAUUGAGUGUUCAGGAGUUCAUCGUAGUCUUGGGGUUCACUACAGUAAAGUACGGUCGCUCACACUGGAUGCCUGGGAACCUGAAAUUCUUAAAGUUAUGGCUGAACUUGGUAAUUCCAUUGUCAAUAAAGUGUAUGAGGCAAAUAUUGAUCCUGAGUUUGCGCGUGCAACUCCAAAAUGUCAUGGAAACAUUCGAGAAGCAUGGAUCAAAGCAAAGUAUAUUGAACAUCGAUUUGUUAAACAGUUAUCAAUAUUGCCUUCAUUAAACGAAGAGUCCACAUCUCCUGAUAACCGAUCAUCACGCCAGCUAUCAGUUCGGAAAUGGAGUGUCAGAAAAUUGAGGAGAAGACCUAGGAGCAGGGACAGCAGAGGUGAAAAGAAAUCACAGUCAGCCAAGAGACUGCCUAGUGUUACUGAAACCAAAAACACAUCACAAGAUUCUGAAAUGAAACCCCAAGUUAAUGAAGAAAGCAGUGAAGGCAGCAAGACUGAAUACUGUGGUAGUGCUACACAAACAGCGAAGUCUGAGAGUGCAGUCCCAGUCUCAGACGAAGCAAAUGACGCUUCAUCAGUAGGUAGUAAAGUAAGUGACUCAGGUUCUUCGAAUACAGAACAUGACUUAGUGAAUGCCGAUGUGCUUUUGUUUGGAAAGAAUUUUGAGAAACAACCACUAGAAGGCUCUAUAGAACUGAGUAGUGACCAAGACUCCACAGGAGGUGAAGAGGAUGAAGUUAUAGGUGAGGAAGAUAUCUCGAAGCUGCAUCCAGAUCUGCUGCUAUAUAAAGCUGCAGCGGCUCAUAACUUGCCUGUCAUGUGUGAGGCAUUUGCUUUGGGAGCUGACAAACUUUGGAACAAUCCAGAAGACAGAUCUCGCAGUCCCAUCCAUCAGGCCAUCAUCAGUGGUUCUGUAAUGGCUGUAGAAUUUCUUCUUUUAAAUGGUGCCAAAAUAAAUGCUCAGGAUGCAGAUGGGAAGACGCCUCUUCAUUUAGCCACAGAAUUGGGUCACACUGCACAAGUAUGUCUGCUGUUGAAACACAGGGCCAAUCAGCACCUCAAGGACUCUGGCGGGGUAAAGCCUAUAGAUAUAGCAGUCCAUGAUGUCAAUGCAGAUAUUGUGACAUUGCUGCGAUUGAGUCUCUUGAAUGAGCAGAUGAAGGCAUCCGAUCUGGGCUCAUCAGGAGAUGACACAUUUAAUGAUGUUGUAAGGGAUUUCUCCCAGUUGGCAUAUUCCCAUCCUGAACGUCUUGUGAGGACACGUUCAGAUCGACAGUCUUGUGAUCCCAAGGGAGAGUGAGGUCACGGUGUGACGAUGUCCAGCGCUAGGACCAGUAACAAGGCAUCGUCACGACGAUAUGACAGGCUUGUGCUUCCCUUAUUCAUGCGUUCCUCUGCUCGUAAACUCU